GUCUGGAUGUAGAUGCUGAGAAGGAGAUCCCCAGCUGUGAGCUCAUCGCCACCAAAUGCAUCGGCAGUGGGGUGACCUCGGAGGUCUACCAAGGACAUUGGAACCGCAUCGGCAGGGUGGCUUGGUGCCGAGUUGGGAAACGCUGGGAAGAUGUUGAGCCUGAAGAGUUGGUGGGAGAAGGCUAUAUCCCCAGCAAUGCUCAUCCUCAGCAGGUGGUGGCCAUCAAAAUGAUCACUGACCGAAGUGCCUUCCGAAAAGAUGAGCAGUUGGCCUUUGCCAGAGAAAUGAAAGUUCUCACGCAGGUACAACAUGAGAACCUGGUGACAUUCUAUGGGGUUUGCAUUGAUUCCCCACCUUUGCGCAUUGUCACCGAGUUCUGUGAAGGCGGCGCCUGUUUCGAACUCCUCCAUAACUCGGAUGAUGUGGAUCUCAUUUGGCCACAGCAGAUUAAAAUGUGCAGCUCGGUGCGUGUGGAACCUCUGGCCAACAAAAUUGGUAUCCAGGUAUUCAAUUGGUAUUCAAGUGUUGCCCAACAUUGGAAGAACAUGCUCAUUAAUGUGUCUUGUUCUUUGAUUUUUGGAUUGUUGGUCCUGUCGUUCAUGAGAGUACCAUAG